AUGAAUAGAACCAACGCUCCUAUUACCACCGGCGGAAGCUCCAUUGGUGCUGCAGAUCGUCAUACCAGUUCAGCCGUGAAGCACAGUCUCCCCAUGCCAGGACUCUCUGGUAGUGCUAAUGGACCGAUUGGCAACCUCCUUAAGGGACCCGUCGAUGAGUCUGGUAAGCUUAAGGAUGCCGCCCUUUUGGUCGGAAUUAAGCUUGAUCUAGAGGCUGAAGUGCAUGCUACGGCUAGGGUCCGUGGUGAUAUUGUGGUUGGGCUGUAUUAG